AUGACUGAUGAGUUUGAUUUGGGUAUGCAGGCGAACGCGGUGUCGGGCGUGGCGGUGAGCGAGGAGUGCGUGAAGGUGUUCCAGGAGCUACGCGCGGGGCGCGCGCACCGGUUCGUGGUGUACAAGAUGGACGACGCCGUGCAGCAGGUGGUGGUGGAGAAGGUGGGCGGCCGCGACGCCGGCUUCGAGGACCUGGCCGCCGCGCUCCCCGCCGACGACUGCCGCUACGCCGUGUACGACCUCGACUUCGCCGUCGCCGACGCGACCGCUGCCGGGGCCGGCGAGGCGCCCCGCAGCAAGAUCUUCUUCAUCUCCUGGUCGCCGGCGACGGCAGAGGUGAAGAGCAAGAUGAUCUACGCGAGCUCCAACGAGGGGUUCAAGAAGGAGCUGGACGGCGUGCAGAUCGACGUGCAGGCCACGGAGCCCAGCGAGCUCACACUCGACAUCCUCAAGGACCUCGCCACCUAAUCCUCGCGCGCGUACCCACGACGGCGCGUGUACGUACGUGCGUACCACGUACCGGCACGAGAUGGUUUGU